GAGAGGGAGAGAGAGAGAGAGAGAGAGAGAGAGAGGUACCAGGAUCCAUGGAGCAUGUCACAGCGCUGGUGUUUUCCAUGUCUUCUUCUUGUCCACGAUGCACUUUAGGAUUUCAAUAAGAUGCGUGUGUGUUUCCAGAUAGUAACUUUCCUCUGCGCCUUCAACUUCCAGCCGCUCAGAGCUCAGGAUCCUGCCUGUUGCCAUCAUGCAGCUGAGUUCUCGUCUUGCAAAGAAGCUUGUGACCAGCUCGCCACGAUAAAGAGUGAGUCUCGUCUGAAGCACCUCCUCCAAAGGUUACCCAGUUACUGUCCAGAGUCUAUGAAUGAACUGUGGAUGUGCAUCAACUCUACUCUUCCAGGAGUAUCCAGGAAAUCAGAUGGCUGGGUGGGGCUGGGCUGCUGUGAGCUGGCUAUCUCAGCUGAGUGUCGCAGGGAAUGCAGACAGGCAACAUCUAAAAAUGACAUAACAAAAGUUUGCAAAAAAGUCACAGAGAAUUCCCUCUACAGCUGCAUCACCAAAAAUGAAAUGGGCUCUACAUGCUGCAGCUAUGCAGGGCGUCACACCACCUGUAGGGAGUACUGCCAAGCCAUCUUCAGGACCGACUCAACACCCACUGUGUCUCAGAUCAAUGCUGUCAAAGAGUAUUGUCAGAGUCACAGCCCUCAGCUGCUCAGCUGUGUCAGCAACUUCACCAAGUCCUACCCCAUACGCAGCCCCAUAGACAGUCUGUACUGCUGUGACCGGGCAGAGGCUACCCACUGCCAGGUCGCCUGCCGGAAAAUCCUUCGCACAAUGAGCACAGAGCAUGAGAUCAUGGAGGGUUUGAUCGAGCAGUGUGGCUCCCAGCCCCUCCCUCAGGAACCCAUGUGGCAAUGCUUUCUGGGCAGCGCUAACCCUCCUCCCCCACCUGAAGAAGAGACCCCCCAUCCUGCCAAAAUGGACUGUGCCAAACUGCACUGCUGCUCCAAGGCCAACACCUCACUCUGCAGGGACAUGUGUCAGGAGAUCAGCACUAACUGGGGCAGCCAAACGUGGCAGGACUUCGACCAGCUCUGUGAAUACAACCCAGUGGAGACAGAGCUCGUCAACUGCCUGGCCGAUGUCCGAGAACCCUGCCAACUGGGCUGCAAGGACCUCGCCUACUGCACCAACUUCAACAACAGGCCCACGGAGCUGUUCCGCAGCUGUAACGUCCAGUCAGACCAGGGCGCCAUGAACGACAUCAAGCUGUGGUCCAAUGGAACGAUCAAGAUGCCGUUCAUGAACAUCCCCGUGCUGGACAUCAGGAAGUGUCUCCCGGACAUGUGGAAGGCCGUAGCCUGUUCCCUGCAGAUCAAACCCUGCCACAGCAAGUUCAGAGGGAGUGUCAUAUGCAAGUCAGACUGUGUGGACAUCCUGACCCAGUGUGGGGACAGGAAACGUUUCCAUGAAGGACAAACACCAGAGAGGAUCUGUGAACUGCUGUCACCCAUUGAUGACCCUGAACGCUGCAUCCCGCUCCACAGAUACCUCACCCCCAGUUCCCUUGGCAACAGCAUUGUUGAGGAGGUUGUCCAUCCAUGCAACCCCAACCCCUGCCCCAGCAACCACUUGUGCCAGGUCAACAGGAAGGGUUGCCUUGAUGAACUCAACUGUCAGCCAUACCUCUGUGUACCAGGCUGUAAACUGGGUGAAGCCUCUGAGUUUCUUGUGCAGCUGGAUUCUCGUAUCCAGGUGCCGACUCGCGCUGGUCCUGCUGGGUGCUACGAAGUGUGCAGCUGCGGUCCCAGUGGGCGUCUGGAGAACUGUGUGGAGACGCCCUGUGUGGACAUCAACAAGCCCUGCAUCGUAGGAGGACAGAGGAAGAGCCAUGGGACAUCUUUCAGGAUUGACUGUCACACUUGUUCCUGCUUUGCUGGAAACACCAUCUGCUCCAGCAGGGAAUGUCUCCGCCUCGGCAACUCAGACGAGGACCGACGACACUUUACUGGUCUCCCCUGUAGUUGUCCGGACCGCUUCAUCCCAGUGUGUGCCUCUAACGGGCGGACCUACCCCUCUGCCUGUGUGGCUCGCUGUAUGGGAUUCAAGGACCAUCAGUUUGUCUUUGGCCAGUGCCACCUGAGCAACCCCUGUGCCGACAAACCAUGCCAGAGAAAUCAGAGGUGCAUCCCAAAGUUCCGUGUGUGUCUGAGUGAUUCAUCAAACUGCCCACAGUUCGAGUGCAUUGGCCGGCCGGCGGCAUGCGAUAAGAACAGCGUGGAACCCGCCUGUGAUACUGACGGCCUGGUCCACCCCAGUCUGUGCCACCUGCAGCAGGCUGGGAAAGCUCUGGCUUACAUGGGUCACUGCCAGGAUGCCUGCAGGAAGCGACAGGAAGUUUGCGGCCAUAACGGUGAGACCUACAACACAGUGUGCGAUGCCUUCUCUGACCGUGUGGCUGUGGACUACGAGGGCUCCUGCCACGCUGUGGGGGCCGUGUCGGACGUGGCCCCCGAGUCCGCCUGCAGUUUGAUUCCCUGUCCACCUCUGUCGACUCCAGGCUGCCAGCCUAUCACACCACCUGGAGCAUGUUGUCCAAUCUGUGCCAGUAUGCUGCAGAUCCUGUGGAACAAAGAACAGAUGAACACUUUCUCUAAGCUGAACAAGAACCAGCCAUUGACGGUCCAUGAUGUCCUGCGGCUCCUGAGGCUUCAUGUCUCUGUGCCACAGUGUGACGUCUUCGGCUACCUGAGCAUCGACCAUGAGCUGGUGGUCCUCAUCGCCCCGGUGGACGAGCAGCCAACCCCACUGCAGAUUGAAGCCUGCAGCAAAGAGGCCGAGAAGAUCGAUUCCCUCAUCAACUAUGGCAGCCCCACACUGGUCUCCCACGUUCCCCUCUCUGCCUUCCUCGCCUCCGAGAUCAAGACCUCCUCCAUCCAUUCCUCCGCUGGUGCUCCGACUUCACCUCUGGCCCCCGGCAUCUGCCUUCUCCUUGGCCUUCUCAUCGCUGCAGCACCUGGCCUCCAUCAGCUCUAAGUCCUUAGUACCCCCAGCCCCAGCCCCAUCACCUAUAGCUGCAUGUCCCAAAGUACCCAACCUACCAACCCCCACCCCACCCUACCUUACCCCCCACCCCUCUCAUAGGAUGAUAGGGGUGUCAUGAGGUGAGUGUGUUUUGGCAGCGGCCGAGCAGGAAGAGGCUGCGGCGGCGUCUUUCGACAAUCAUUCCAAUUUAGUCACCUGCGCGUCAAGCAAUCAAGGUGGUGGAAAAGCUAUUAUUAUGAAAAGCUUUUGUAUGAACAGUAUUAUAUUCAGUGGAUGAGUUACUCGCUGGGUUUCCCUCCAGUGAAGUGUGCUUUAGCGUGUGUGUGUGUGUGUGUGUGUGUGUGUGUGUGUGUGUGUGUGUGUGUGUGUGUGUGUGUGUGUGUGUGUGUGUGUGUGUGUGUGUGUGUGUGUGUGUGUGUGUGUGUGUGUGUGUGUGUGUGUGUGUGUGUGUGUGUGUGUGUCUGACCUUUAAGAAGCAUUUGACUUUAUACCAGCAGUGUUUAUCCAUUAAUCCCAGCAGCAAGCUCUCCUCGGGAAACUGUUAAUGUCGGGAUGUAAAUAUCAUGACUCGCUCUGUCUUGUUCUGAGUGUGUGUGUGUGUGUGUCCAGUUGGAUUUCAGAGACAGACAAGGACAAAACAUCCCUGUCUGGCAGCACAUCUGUCUGACAAAUUACCCCAAAUUCCCUUGGCCACACUUUCACACGCACUCAAACAAACUGAUCUGUGUUACAUCCAGACUUCUCUGUUACAGUGACACUUUCAAAGCCUCUGAUGAAUGGGAAUGCACAGUCUGUACCCCACAGUGCAUCGUGUAUAUACAUGUGAGGUGUAUGUGGACCUAGUGUUUGAACCUCUAACCUCAGCAGUGUUAGUGCCAUGCUCAUGGACUGAGCCAGCUCAGAUGAAGCUAAUCCAGCCUCCAAAGUCAGUUUACUGAACUGCUUGUCCCUAAACAUGACCAGUUCAAAUGCCAGUCAAAAAGUUUGGAAAGUAAGGGAGCCCAGUUUCUGCUCUGUUUCACACAGCAGUGUAGUGAAGCGGAUCAGAGCUGAACUGAUGAUCCACGAUUCAAAAUCCAUUUUACUUGAUAACAUGAAGCUUUUCUCCCCCAAAAAACCUGAUAAGACUUUGUCCUGAUGUGGUGCUCAUAAAAUAUCUAUAAUAAAUGCUACACACAACUUUCACACCUUGAUGAAUAAAGAGUAUGAGUAAAAAAAGCAGUUUAUAGUACAUACAGAUGUUAUUCUGCAUGGUAGCUGAAAAUGUUCCGAGAAUGUGUUCUCCAUGCGUCACAAAAUCCAAUCCAGAAGUCUAAUUUAGUGUUAUAUUGGUUUUUCUCCAUAUAUAAAAAGAUUUUUUGAUCAAUAGGUAAUGUCCUUAAAACACAGGGGAAGCCUCCUUCCAUUGAGAGUAAUGUACACAACCAGCUACAGCAUUAUUUUCUCGAUGAAAACCAUUGGUCUCUAUGUACAAGCUGCAGUGAGACAAGUGGGCGGGACCGUCAACAAAGUGCAGCUCACCAAAAUCAAUACUCACAUAAAUGGUCUCUUCCUGGUCAGGCUACAACCCUCAAUUUGGAAAAAAAAUAUUCUUUCACAUAUUUUAGAUUUUUUCAUUUUUUAUUAUUAAUAAUCAUUAAUAAUUCCACCCCUUUGGCGUGUAGGGUCACCAAAAUCACAGCCGCCUGGAAACAGUUUGAAAUCUGACUGUGUGCUUUGGAGUAUGAUUCUCCACCAACCCACUGUGGCACAAGUGAAGACAAGAGACACUGACAUACCCUGACUUUCAGUCUAGUUGGUAUUUGAUCCUAAUUCCCAUCAUGCCCCUUGACCGAUCACAAAGACUUUUGAUCAAAAAGUUAUUAUUGUCUGAACCUGACUUGUCUAACUAAUCUUGAUUGCAUCACAUAUGAGGUCAUUAGUUAUUUCCUCAGACUAAACAAAGCUCUGGAGACACAGAGGACAUUGAACAACUCUUUUCACAGUCAGACUGCUUCUACCUCCGAAGAGUCCGGAUGGUGAAUAGUCUCUUUUAAUUGGCAGGGACAUUCCAAAUUAAUGGUUUUGUCCUAUGAAAUGCGUGUAAUUAAUUCAUAUUAGAAUAUGAAAUAUUGUGCAGCAGAGAGCUCACAGGUGUAUCAGGGAAACCGUGUUAGAGAGAAUCUUAUGAGCACCACUUCUGAAGGGUUCUGAGGACGAACGGCAGGUGAAGGCUCAGUUGUCGUGUUGGAGAAUGGUCUGGAUCAUCGCUCCCUCUGUGUGAGGCCAGUAGCUCUGAACAGUAUUAAAAGGGAUGUUUUCUCUCUUUACAUAUGAACCAGAAGCCAUUUAAUAACAAAAGGACAAUCAGCUAGUCACUACCCACAAUCCACUUUGGGUAGAGAAGUUAUUCCACAGUAUGCCUUGCAUAUAGUGUCUUAUAUGAAGUAAUAGUAAAAAAAAAGAAAAUGCAAUAACUUUAUAUUUGUUAAGAAAUGUCUCUAUAUUUGAUAUGUUUUUGAUAUGGAUUGAGAUAAUAAUAAUCUAUGUGCCAUGUUUUUUAAACAAAUAGUUGCUAUUCUUUAUUGCAUGAUGACAAUUAUGAAGUGUUUUACUCCAGAAUGUAUUACAGUGUGUGUUGUCCCGUGUCUGUCUGUGUGUGUGUGUGUCUCUGCCUGUAAAGCACAAUGUGUCCCAUUGUCGAACAGUAUUACUGUGCUGGGCAGCUCUGUAGCAGGGAACCCUUUCCACGGCUCCUCUAUCUAGUAUUAUUAUAAUUAUUAUCAUUAUUAAAAUAGAUUGUUGUAUUAUUGUUGAUGUACUCUGGAGCCAACAAGGAUUUGCUCGCUUAUUUCUGUGUUCACUUUGAUUUCAUGUCCUUUUGUGGGAAAAGCUUAAGAUGUAAGAGUUCACACAGUCAAACUUUAAGACUUUGUUACAGAGUUUUUCUGCUCCUGAUGAAACUGACAGAAUCGUCAACAUGUUGGGAAGUCGACUUCUUUACUCUCUUUCUUUGAGUGAGAUGAAAAGAUUGACAUCACGAAACAGCUGCAUCCUUCAAAUUUCAAUCCAAGGUUCAAAUACACAAUAUAUCUUGUUACAAUAGUUUGAGGGUUUAGAGGCAGUUAGCUGUCGGAGCUCUAGCUUCACAAUUAUAUUCAUCCUCAUGUGCAUUAGCUCCAUUAGUUGACUGGGUCACGUGUAAAUCAGAAAUCAAGGUUUCAAAUAUGCAUUUAAUGGCUAAACACAAAGUCAUGAUGAAACUAAUUACAUUUUUCUUUAAAGGCUGCAGCGACAUGUUGCAGGCAAAGAAGCCAAUGAAAUAUUUUAUGAAGGAGCAGCAUUGUUGUUUUACUCUUGUGAGUUGAGCGAGAAAUCUACAGUAUUACAGAGAAAGAUUUUUAGGAAUGUGAGACUAUUUUUCAUUUCUUACAUUGCACAACAAAUCUAACUUAAAUAACAAUAGUUAAAAAAAAAUACUUUAUUGUAUGAUCCAGCAAUUAGCUACUAUACCACUGCUGUAUCCAGCACAGUAGAAGUGUCCAUAUUGAACCUAACCCCACACGUCGAGCAUGUGACAUACUAAGGGAUCCCUCAUGCUGAGUUUCAGCAACCUACCAAAAAGUCAGAGGUAGAUUUAGAUACAUAUUGACACCAUUUGUAAUUCAAGCAGUAAGCUCGUUGUGUUAUGUUGUCAAUAAUGUGCAAAUUGGCUUUGACAUUAUCAAGCUAGUUAACAUUGAAAAUGACUUGAUUGCCGUUGUGUUUUGCGACGGAGAGAAGUGAUUGGUUCUGGAGUCUUACAGGCCGAUGAGCCAAUCCCCAAUAAAGAGCUGCAGACAAGCGGCGCACUGGUCCGGGGAGCGCACGCUUUCAUGUAACCAUCUAUAUAUCUCACUACCAGAAAGAAAGAAAGUUCGAUUUCCCAACAUGUUAAACUCUUUCCAACUAUAUGAUCACUUGUUAUAAAGCUAUCUCUGGAAGCCAAGCGAAGACUAUUUUUUAGCAUUAAGCCAAUUUCUCCUGUCUUCCCAUGUGAUGUAAAUGUAGUGUAAUGGAGAGGAAUUGAAGCGGUGGACUGUCCUGAGCAUGUGAACCUGGAGGCCGGCUGGAGGCGUCGGCCCAGUCACUUCAGAUGGUUUGUGUCAUGACAACACUCAGGAUUGUCGUCCCUCAUAUUGUGUUUGAUUUCUCUUUUGUCUGUUCUCCCCUUUCAUCACUUUGUUUGACUCUGUAAAAGUGCCAUGAAUUAAAAACUGAAAAUUUGAUUAAAAAAAAA